AUGGACGACACGCAGGGUGUGGACAUCAAUCUCGGAGACAUAGACAAUGCCGGCGCCACUGCAGCGGAUGAUGACGAAGAUAAUGGUGCAUGGGCGGACGAUCCGGACGUUGAUGCGUUCCGUGCAGCUCUAGAAAAUGAUCUGCAAUCGGGUGUGCGCACGGAUGAGCGUACCUGGCGCGAUCGUCGCCGCACGAUGGACGACAACUGGCAGCAGAUAUUCCCGCGUAUCAAGGCCGCAUAUCUACAAUGGAAGUACGGAUAUCCCCGCCCGCAAGAGGAACGCAAGCGGAGAGCACCCGAAGAUGAUACUCCCUCUGAGACAGAGGCGGCGCCGCAACAACAAACAGUCGUCUGUGUCGACUUGUACACCCUGCAAAAGGAAGUCAGCGUGGUUGUGUCAUCCAACCAGUGGACAGUAGAGGCACUCGCCUGCGCGGGAUAUCUCGCUAACACCCCGAUGGUGCCGUCGAUGGGGAUCUCGUUCCAGACGCUCGAGCUGUUCCGGUGCCUGAAGCUCGUAAAGCCAUCAUUCAGCACCGAGGCGUUUGCCAAGCUUGUCUGCUACAAGUACUAUAUGGCAUAUCGUCGCCACUAUCGCACUGCGCUAGCGGACGCGUUUGACAUAUACCUGGAGGUUCUCGAUGAAGUGGAGCUAGGGAUCAUGGAGAAGCUGGGACGGGGUGAUCCGAACUGGCGCCCGCGCUUCGGGUGCCCACCAUGCGGAUACAAGGCACGCAUCCUCCAUUUGAUGCGGGUGGCACGUGGUGACCUGGAAGGAGAGCCGGUCCUCCACUACAACCGGAUGGGCAGUAAGGACGGCAAUAACUCCUUGAAAAGACUUAUGCGCAAAUAUCAAGACCGAGGAGACCUGCGACAACACAAGAACAACUACUUUCUCAGCCCACAAUAUGUCGACAAGUUUGCGCAUCAGGUGCCUGCGCGGCAGGCACAGCCGAAGCCGACCGCGGAUCUCGGAGAAGAUGGUGAUGACGACAUCACCCACGACCCGGCCGAAUCCGCGCCGGCCCGCGAGCCAGUGGCGACGGAAGGCGAUCCCACAGAUGGGGAGCCGGGUGCCCCGAGCCCGUGUGCUACGAACUGGAAGGCGGCAGCGGCGGACGAAAAGAAGAAGGCAUGGGGUGGGUUCGACGAGACUGGCAUCUUUGCUAGUGCCUGCAGGCAUGGGAGGAUCCUCUGGAUUGCAGAUAUGAUCCAGAGCGGUGAACUCGCCAAGUACGGGAUCGCGAUGGUCGACAAAAUAAACACUGAGUUGCCCAGCAACAUCCUUCUCGGCUAUGACAUUGGCUGCGUCUUUCAGGGGACCCUCGCCCGGAGCAGCGCUGGUCCCGAGUUCCAGAAGCGCGGCUCUCAGUGCAUUGUGAACGCUUUCCACGCUCCACCAUCAUCCGAAUGUUACCGCGCGGGCGCCGGGAUUGAGGAUCUCGAAACCAUGGAGCGGAUCUUCAGCGGAUCAAACGCGCUUGCCUCGAUCACCCGCUACGCGAGCAAGUAUCGGCGGCACGCAAUGAUUGUGCUCUAUUUCCGCCGCUGGGAUGAAGAAAAGUAUACUAAUCUCGCGGUAUUCCUCCGCAACAACUUCCUCCAAGCAAUGAAGAUCAUUGAAGAAUCGGAGCCAUUCUUGGCCAGCAUUCUGCCCCAGCUCAAUCUCACCGAGGAGAAGUUGAUCGAGGCGGCGGAAGACGAGCGCGUCUACUUCGCGACGCUUCGCGAUGAGAAUCCGGAAGACGAAUGGGCACAAAGCUAUGUUGAGCGCCUCGAGGACCUUAGAGCGAUGAAGGAUGAAUAUGCUCAGAAGACUCGCGCGGCCACAAAGCGCGCGACGCGCAACCCUGCGACGCGCGAGUUCAUGCUCGGGCAGCAGCCGCCGCGCGAAGCUCCGCCACUCGCGCCCCCUGGGAACGCGCGCGCGGGUACCGGCGGCUCUGCAUCUUCCGACGGCCCCGGGCUUUUGUUCCAGGCACCGUACACUGGUCCGAUCACAGACUAUAACGCCCACGUAAGAGAGACGCGGAGAACGGAGAGCGCGAACCGCGUGCUCCGCGAGCGGAUCGACGCCCUCGAUCAAGAAUUAGCCGAGAUCGAGGACACCUGGGGCAUGACGCGAUGGCUGCCCACCGAUCCGCGCUACACCACGGCGAAGGUGUACAUGUCAACACGACGCUAUCAGCAGGCCCUGGGAAGGCUUCAACGCCUUGUGAUUCAACGCUUGUUCGAGCUACAUAAGCUUCAUCUCGCGCAGACAGGCUACAAGAUGCGGACUCACAUCGCGAAGAACAUGCAGAAACGGUCAGCUGCAAUCCGACGUGCUAUCGCGACGUACAACAGGGCCGCCGUCACGGUGCAGAAGCCACUCGUUGACUGGACUCAGAUCUCGCAUUACUCGUUCAUUCGGGAGUUUGCACUUCUGCACGGAUCAUGGAAUGACGUCAGCGGCAAAGUCUGGGCGCGUCCGGAAGUCCGGGAGGCGAUCGGGACCUGGCGGCGCUUGCAACGCGCCCGAGAGGAGAUCCAGAUCAUCUAUCGCGAUGCGCGCCGCCUCCACACGCACAUUCGCGACGAAGAGCAAGACUUCGCCACGCUUCUUGAGCAGCUCAAAGAGACCAACGACAUCCUUUAUGGGCCGACUAUGGAGUUCGUUCGCCACCGCGAGGCCGCCAAUGGGUACAACCUGGCAUUCCUCAAUGAAUUGCAUAAUGAUCCUCGCUUCGAGGGCGAGAAGACGCCGGGCCGCCGUGAGGGCAGAGCUCCCCCUCCGGAGCCAUCCAUUCCACGCAUUUCCCCCGAUGACAGCGCGAUCGAGACAGAUGUGAGCCCGGAGAGUAUGUACGAUGACGAUAUGCAGGCGCAGCAGAGCGCUCUGCUCGACUUCGUAGCUCAGUAG